AUGAGCUCUCAAUCACAGAUUAAGGGGUACACGGUGUUUCCCGUUGUGUUUGAAGCCUCCAAGCACACAAAGAAGGCCUUGCACUACAUGUUUAUCAAGAAACAUGUGACGAAGUCCGUUCCGGAGGCACAAAGUCGGUCGUUGUUCGUGGUUAAUAUUCCUGUUGGCUCUACUGUGAAGGACGUGCGGAAAGUCUUUGGAGCGGUGGCCACGGGAGCCAUUGUGGAGUCCUUGGAGACGAACGACUACUUUGACGAGCGAAACUUAAUCAACUACGAACUGGACAUAGACCUUACAAAACUCACAAACGAAGAAAUGACAAAUACAGAGGAAAAGUCAAGAGUGCCUGUGGGGUGUGCCGUGGUGACAUUUGUGGACAAGCCAGCGAUGAACCUCGCUUUGAGCGCAAUAAGAAAGCUCAUGGCUGCUAGCAACCCAAAAUAUCCCGUUUGGAAGCCAGAAUACACAACCGGAUCGAAACGAUACGCUGCAUCCAAGAAAUUGGACCCAAUACAGCUGGCCCAGCAGGUGGAACAGGCGAUGGUCGAGUUCCAGCAACGCGAGCAGGAGCUGAAAGAAGAACUUAAUAAUAUGCAAUCUUUGGUGGACGAAGACGGGUUCACUUUGGUUGUUGGAUCUCACAGAAAGACUAAGAACGGUAUCCUUGGGUCGCUCAAGAGAGCAGCCGAUUUGGAGCAGGACGAGAAGUUGACAAAGAAGAUGAAAAAGAAGGAGAAACAAGACUUUUACAGAUUCCAGAUCAGAGAAAAGAAGAAGUUGGAGAUGAACGAUCUGCUCAACAAAUUCAAAGAGGAUCAGGAACGUGUGCGACAAAUGAAAGAAAAGAGACAGUUCAAACCUCUUUAA